AUGAACAUAAUCGUGGUAACACAAAACGACCCUGAUAAUCACCACCACUCGACGCCGGGUAGAGUGUUCACAUCGAGUAGCAGUGGCUCAUCGGCGGUGAACACACUGACACUGGACGGCAGUGUUGAGUGCGGGUGCGGCCGGAAAUACUCAACAGCUAGCCUGCCAAUGGGCUCAAACGAGCUAGGUCAAAAAUUGGUCCACAAAAAGUCUAUACCCGAAAUGAUACCCGCUUUUGGCAUAAUGAUGUCCAUAUUGAGCGUGGUGGCUUUCAGCGUGGCAUCGGUCAUUGUCAAAAUUAUCACCGAGCUGCAUUCCCUCCAAGUGCUGUUUAUAAGGUGUACAUUUCAGGUAAUAUUCUACCUAAUACCCAUCAUCUACCACCGACAGCCCAUAUUUGGCGUACGCGGGCAUCGGAUAGAUUUGUUUCUCCGGGCCAUAGCCGGCACCUCAGCGGCCAUAUUCAUAUACCAGGCCUAUCGGCUUAUACCUCUAGGUGACGCCACCACGAUCCAAUUCUCGUCGCCCGUAAUUGUCAUAUUCCUGGCCGUAUUCAUACUCCACGAACCGCUAACAUGUCUACAGGUGUUUACGGGCAUCGCCACGUUUGGCGGCAUUAUAAUCAUUGCCAAACCGGAGUUUAUAUUCGGGAGCGACGGGUACGGCACACCCGACCGCACACAGGGGCUAAUAUUCUCGGUGGUGGCCGCCUGUAGCACAGCCACCGUCAUGAUUAUUUUGCGUAAAUUAAAAACCACCCCGUUGCCCGUGGUGAUCAUAUGGUUCUCAGGCGUUGCCAUGGCGGCGAGUUUGACCACGGUACUAAUUGUAGACCAAUGGCGUUGGCCGGCGGGUUGGCUAAGCUAUGGCCUAUUGGUGGCGAUAGGGGUGUUGGGUAUCGCCGACCAGUACUUUAUGACUAUAGCCUUACAUUAUGAGUCGGCCGGACCCGUGGCCAUCACCCGUACGCUUAACAUAGUGUUGGCUUUCGUAUGGGACGUGUGGCUGUUGGGCGAGGAG